AUGAUCGAUGUGGAUAAGUCGGCGGAGCAGGCACUGUGCGUUCAGUCCCACCGAUGUCCGGAGCCAACCACCACCACCACUACAACCACUACAACCACACCCCUUCCAAACCUUCAACCGAUAGAGUCCUUGUUCCCUGCGGCGAGUCAUAAGACCAAUGACAAGUUGACUAGUGUCGAUUCUACGUUUCAACGACCGCCCAACUUCUGGGAUGCAAUUAUGGCCAACAGUUCGCCACGCAUCUGGGUCAUUGCAACUCUAGUGCUGGCCUGUAUCUCCCUCAUUCUCCUCAUUACCCUCAUUUGCACUUGCAUCUGGGUCUGCCAAACAAAGCGCAGUUAUCGACGCAAACGUUGUCGUGGCACCUGUCGUUUCGGAUGCAAAUGCACCCCCGACACGAUUCGUCAGGCAGCCGCCGACGCAGCCGUGUGCGGGCCCAUUGGAGCCCAGACCAACGGCUCGGUGCUUACCUACCCCACCGUUGGGCGCCCGUGGGCCUUUUCGAACAGCGACAAGGCGCGUCUCAAUCAGUUGUAUGUCUCACUCGCGGCGAAUGAGAAAAUGCUGGGCACUCAGAGCUCGGGCACACCGCCUUCACAGCAGUUGUUCCCUCCAGAGCAACCGUUCCUUGGGGACAACUGGCCGCAGCACCAAAUGUCCUUUCAGAAGAGUAUGGUCACAAAGGACGCGAUGUGGCAUAGCCAUAGUGAUGGAUCGUCUCUUUCUGAUCACACGGUACCCUCUGGCGUGGGCAGUGGACCACUAGCUCUGCGAAAUCAGCCUUCAAGAUCAUCUGGACAGCCGGCUACCGCAUAUGCCUUCAAUGCAAAUCCGUCGAGCGCGACGGCCAGCACAUGCAUGCAGAGCUACGUGGGUGCAGUUUCCGGACAAGGGGAUAGUGGACCGACGGACGGUCACCCCGGAAGCCCGAUGCGUUUUGAAGAUGGUCAAAGUUCUGACCAAAAUGGAUUUAAUCAUAACAGCACAACUACACGACCUGUUGAGUUGCACAACAUAAAUGGCGAUUUGUACGAUCAAGGCAUGGGAGAUAUGGGUGAUGCUUUUGCUCAGCAUAGUGAGUUAACUAGUAUCACGCCUCCGGUGGGCUUUUACGACAUCAACGGCAAACCAACAACCACCUCGAAGCUCGAUCAGUCCUGGACCUAUGGAAGUCAUCUCCAGCAGUCCUUUGUUCCAUCCACCAACCCUAACAAUCUGAGUGGAGCCGUCAAAGUCCUGCCCACUGAUGUCCUACUAGCCUCAAAGCAGGUGACCAGCAACUCCCCUGCGGACUAUAAGCGACGCAACGGAUUCCUUAACGGCGGUGAGACGCCAGCAGAAGAUACCUCCGUGCGUCGACCUAAUGUCGGCCUUACUUCACACAUACUCUCGCACCCCCUAACCGAAGGCGUGGAACAGAACUACAGCUACAAGGGUAACAACGACACCCCGCUUAGAGCCUGGACUGAUGCCAUGGCGCACUAA